UCUUGGCGCAACAUUAUACCCGAUGUGGACUACAGGGAGAUGCUCGCCUGCUUUGGUACUAUGGAAAUGCAUCGGCAAGAGGUGCUGUGGGAGCUCUGCGAGACAGAGAAGCUGUUCGUCCAGUCGCUUUGUGGUAUUCACGGCCUCUUUGCGCUGCCCCUCAAAAGCCCUUCUGGCGACUGGAUCAAAGGAGUACCUGCUUCAAUCGCUCGACUCUUCGAUUGGCUUGAAGAUAUUUUACGACUCCACUCAAAACUCGCAGUCGCAAUGCAAAAGCUGAGAGUCGAAUCUAGCGGGCAAGGCUCAAAUGGAAAGGUCAUCAUUCGAUUCGCCGAUUCUAUCGCCAAGUACAUCACAAAACUUGAGCUUCAUCUUCCCUACCUUUUACGCUUUGAAAGCGUGAUCGGCAUGGUGGAGGAUAUGGUAGCGGCACCGCAGAACGAAUUCGGCCAGUUCAUAAGGAUG